AUGGUUCAGAAAAAAGACAAUCCUGACGCGGGGCUGAGGAGUCUGAAUCACUACAAGACCAGACUACCACGGUGGCGGCAUGCUCUUCGAGAGCGCUUGUUGCCUAUCGUCCGCUUCGAGACGCCCUAUGUAGCGUGGCUUCAGAACAGCCUCCGGUCGCCGUUCCUCGACAGCUACUUUGCCAUGACGGCCAAUCUGGGGACUCAUACGUUUUUCAUGGUCAUGCUUCCAAUCAUCUUCUGGUGUGGGUAUAAUAAUGUGGGCAGAGGCAUGGUGUACAUACUGGCUGCCGGCGUUUACUGGAGCGGAUUUGCUAAGGACCUGAUGUGUCUCCCCCGACCCCUGUCGCCGCCCCUGCAGAGGAUCACCAUGUCUGGAUCCGUGGCUCUGGAAUACGGCUUCCCGUCGACGCACUCGGCAAACGCUGUGUCGGUCGCCAUAUACUGCAUCCAUCUACUGCGAACAGGGGAAACAGCAGGCACGACGCUCAACUCGACGCUGCAGGGACUUGCCUACUUCUACUUCUUCUCCAUAGCCAUUGGUCGACUGUACUGUGGUAUGCAUGGCUUUUUCGAUGUCACGUGGGGAACUGUCUUGGGCUCUAUCAUUGCAUUCCUUCAGUGCAAGUACGGGGACGCUUUUGAUCUAUAUUUAUACGAAGGUGACAUACAGAGACUGAUCAUUGCUGUACUGGUCGUGUGUGUACUUGUUCGCAUACAUCCAGAGCCAGUUGAUGAUUGUCCCUGCUACGAUGACAGCGUCUCCUUUGCAGGCGUUGUGGUCGGGAUCUUCUUCGGCAGCUGGCAUUAUGCGCACUCUGGGUGGGCAUUGAAUGACCCUACCCCAGCCACUGUCCGGUUCGACCUUGAAAAAAUGGGCUGGGGUAUCACAAUAUUACGCAUAACGCUCGGUGUGGUCAUCAUCUUCGUGUGGCGGGCGGGGGCAAAGCCAACGUUACUCAGAAUCCUGCCGCCAAUCUUCCGGAGUAUCGAGCACUAUGGCCUCACACUUCCUCGGCGGUACUUCACGCCCGCCUCACAGUACAAGACUGUGCCAGCACAACGCAACGAUGACAACGUUAUCCCUUCUGCCCGAGAUAUUCCCGGUCUUCUUAGACGCAGGAGAGCCGUCUCGAUUGGACCACAAUCAGAAGCUGACGCUUAUGAGGCAUUGGCAUAUCGGGCGAAGCAACGUCGAGAUAGCAUGCACCUGAGCCCUGUAGAAGCCUCACCUCCAGCUUCACCCAAAGCAGGAUACUUCACCGACAGCCCGUUGGACAAUGGAGAAUCAGUACGGGGUAAUCGAAAACGAGCCUCAAGCCUGGAGCUGUUCAAAGCUCAGAUGGGCAUGGGUGCUGAGUCACUGUCGCCUGUGGCCGUCGAUUCACCAGGGCGCUCCCGAGCUGGAGCUGGCAGUCCGGAUGAAGAUGCCGAUGAUGAAGUCUUGCAGACCAGCACGCUGUUCGCGAAUGUUCAGAAGCCUCGGGUGAGAUACGAUGUCGAAGUAGUGACAAAGCUGAUCGUAUAUUGCGGAAUCGGUUGGCUUGCAGUUGAGUGGAAUCCCGUCAUCUUUGAGAAAGUUGGACUAGGCCUCAAUUGA